AUGGCGUGGACCCUGGUGGGGGCUUUCCUCUGCGGACCCUUGCUGGGCUUCCUGUGUAUCCCAGGACUAGCCGUGGAGGUGACUGUGCCCACUGAGCCACUGAGCGUGCCAAAGGGCAAGACAGCCGAGCUGAGCUGCCGUUACAGCACGUCGGUGGGAGACAACUUCGCCUUGGAGUGGAGCUUUGUGCCUCCUGGGAAGCCCAUUUCUGCAUCUCUUCCUAUUCUGUACUUCACCAACAACCACCUGUACCCCACGGGCUCUAAAGCAGAUCGGGCCAGCCUUCUCCACAGCCCCCCCACAGCAGGAGUGGCUACCCUGAAACUGACUGACCUCCGCCCCUCAGACACUGGCACCUACCUCUGCAACGUUAACAACCCACCCGACUUCUACACCAAUGGCUUGGGGUUAAUCAACCUUACUGUGCUGGUGCCCCCCAGUCAACCCUCAUGCAGUCAUAGUGGACAAACCUCUGUGGGAGGUUCUGUUGCACUGAGAUGCAGCUCCUCUGAGGGAGCACCCAAGCCGGUCUACAACUGGGAACAUCUUGGAUCUUCUCCUACACCUCCUCCUGGUAGCAUGGUUCAAGAUGAAGUGUCUGGCCAGCUCAUUCUCACCAAUCUCUCCCUGACCUCCUCUGGCACCUACCGUUGUGUGGCCAGCAACCAGAUGGGUAGUGCCUCCUGCGAGCUGAACCUCUCAGUGACUGACUCAUCUGAAGGCCGAGUGGCUGGGACUCUGAUUGGGGUACUCCUGGGCGUGCUGCUGCUAUCAGUGGCUGCAUUCUGCCUCAUCAGGUUCCAGAAAGAGAGGAAAAAGGAGCCCAAGGAGACAUACGGGGGCAGUGACCUUCGGGAGGAUGCCACUGCUCCUGGGGUUUCUGAGCAGGCUUCUAUGAGGGCUGAUUACAGCAAGAGGCUCCUGGAGAAGGUCCCAUCCGACAGCACGGUGACGACCAAAUCCAAACUCUCUAUGGUUGUCUGACUUCUGAUCCCUGAGGGCGUUGAGGGGGAAUGUUGGUGAUUAAAGCCAU